UGGCACGAGUCAUUUCCUCCCUUUGACGCGCGCGGAUUCUGUUGAGCGUCUCACUGAGCUUCAUCAACCUGCAGUGUGUCGAGCCUUUCACGUGGGGGCGGCGCAUCACGCUCUUCGCCGUGCGUCACCUCUGUUGUGUUUGAAGGCAGAGGUUCCCCAUCACAGCGAGGGAGCAACAACAAGAGGAGAAGUGCUUAUCAUCAUCACCCUCAUCAUCAUCACCAUGACGAACAACAAACACUUGUUGUGCCUCCUCCUGCUCUCCCUCACGCUUUCCUGGGCAGAGAUCACGAAGAAGGAUGCGAGGAAGCCUGGCAAUGACUCAGUUGGGAGCCAAGUGAAGCCCAGAAGACUAUUUGCAAGACGAAAGAUUUCUCAACCACAGGAAAUUCACAUUCCUAAAAACAAGUCAAACCACAUGACUCCUGCUCGUCGCUGCGGCCGUAUGAUGGAAAGCUGCUCCUCUCACAUGCCAUGCUGCGACCCCUGUGCUUCCUGCCGCUGUCGACUCUUCAACACCAUCUGCCACUGCUGGAGGGUGAACCCUUCGUGCUCAAAGACGUAGAUUAAGUAAUAAAAAAAGACAACAUACAUGCACAGAAAAAUCCCAGCUUGUGUACAUAUACAAUGAAAGACAUACAUACACAGAGAAAUGCAAACAUAUGCACAUCCCCCUCUGGCCUGCAGGCUCCUCUUUUACUACACAGGUGCGGUUCAGAUAAUAUCAUUUCCACUCAGAGAACACUACAACAUUUGGAAACACUCAGACUGGAGGAGAUGAAAGGGUGAAGCCUGUGGUUUUCUGUCUCCAGUUUUCUAAGGCAUGAAAAAUAGAGUGCGCACAGAAAUGUUUACAGAAUGGCCAAAUACCAAACAAAAUGUUGGCUUUGAAGGUGUAAAAAGGGAUGAGUGGCAGAUACUAUUUCUUGUAUGUAGACAAUCACGUUUAAACAGUGUGCUGUGCCUUAGGUAUUUCCACAACCACUGAUGCUUUUCUACAUCUUAGGCAUGUCUUUGCUCCUGCUCUGUUAAAAGCAUGUGAAUGUAGACGGUCAUUUGAAUCCAACUUCCUUAUUUCUUGUUUGUUCACUGUCAAUGUGUGAAAAUCACAUUGUGAGUUAUCCUCAGCGUACGAAAAUGAAGAGCAGACAAGUCUCAAAUGUGAAAUCAGAUAUUAUUCAUGAAUGGAUCUUUGGGGUAAAAGUUUUUCUACAUUUUUUUGUUGAAUAAACUUCCCUGUAUGCCCAUUAUUUUCAUGCUCUUUUUCCACUCGAUUAGAAAUAUUCAAAUUUAUAAUAAAAAAAAGUACAUUGUCUGUGUCACUUUAAAAGAAAAUCACAUUUCAUUUAAUGUGGACAAGGAACGAAAACAAGGCCAAAAUAAGUAGUUAUUUUGCAGAUGUUUGCCGGCAGCUAUCUUGUAGAUGGACUUCACCUGCUUUGUAUUUCUCUCUGUGACAGUUGUGUGGAAAACAGAAAGAUGCUUAACAAAGUCAAUGUGAAUUGCAAAAUAAAGCAUGAAUCAUGUCCAAGUUA